AUGGAAGGUUCAACAGCGGGUGAGAGCAUGCUAGUCAUACUGGUGGUUCUGAAGGUUGUGUCAUGGAAAUUUCCCCGGGAAAUACGAAAUAUUGGACUCCGGUCUGCGAUCCGUCAAUUAAGCCAGUGGAAGGACAGAAUAGUUGGGUUUGAUAUACGUCGAAGCUCAGAAAAGAAGGACGGGCAGGGAGAGAUUUUGAUGAAGUACGUAUUGUGUUCCCGUGAGGGGUUUAAACAACCAACUAUUUUAAGUAUUGGGGCUGAUGGAUCGCGUGGUGAAACCAGGACAGAGGUUAUUAGGCGUAGGACAUCGAAUAGGGUGGGGUGUAAUGCUCGGAUUGUGUUUAAGCGGGUAGGAAGUGGAGGAUUUGUCGUGUUUUCAUUAGAAGAGCGACAUAAUCAUUGUAUGUGUUCAGAGGUGUCAAAAACAUUUUUGAGAGUGAAGCGGAAGUUGGAUCUUGGCCAUCAGAUUUUCAUUGUCAAAUGUGCCAAAGCAAAUAUUGGGCCGAUUAAAUCUUUUAAAUUGUAUAAAGAAAUGGUGGGUGAUUAUUCAAAAAUAGGGGCAACCAGUGUGGAAUUCUGUAAUUUCAGACGUGAUAUGAUGGCUUAUAUUGAGACUGGAGAUGCGCAUCUAGUACUUGCCAAGUAUCGGCAGAAAAAAGAGGUGUGCCCGGAGAUGUACUUCGAGUACGAUGUAGAUGAGUAUGACCAUUUAUGUCGGGUGUUUUGGGCGGAUCCAGAGGCUAAAAGGAACUUUGCACGGUUUGGGGAUGCAAUGUCGUUCGAUGCCACGUACAGUACGAACAGGUAUAGCUUGGUUUUUGUCCCCUUCACUGGAGUGGACCAUCACAAGAAAUGCAUUACAUUUGCUAUAGGGUUAAUAUCUAAGGAAGAUGUAAAAUCAUAUGCCUGGCUGCUUGAGAAUUUCAAGAAAUGCAUGGGGCAUGUGCCGCAGUUGACAGUGACCGAUCAAGAUCCCGCCAUGAAGAGUGCCGUUGCACAGGUGUUUGAAUCAACUCGCCAUCGUUUCUGUAUGUGA